GGGAAGAAUUUCAUUACAUUACUCAGGGAUAUGAGAAGAGAUAAAAGAAACGAGGCUCAAUAAAGUGAAGUACAAUCUGACUAAAUCUUUAGUGCACUGCGAUGCCUGUCAUAUAAUUCAAAUUCAACGCAAGAAGAAAUUAAAAAAUUUUGCUUGUAGCAAAUCGUAUACCCUAUACUACGGCUUAACCAUGUGCUUUGUAAUGGUUGGUUGCAAGUAUAUAGCUGACAUUUAUCCGGUGCAGUUCGUCAAGACCGCUCAUCCCUUGUCGGUGGGCCUCGUUUUAGUGGGAACCGCUUUCUUCCUAUCGGUGGAGAUGUUCUUUAUAGUGCCCAUGAUUUUCGACACCGGUGGAGUGUUGUACAAGCUCGCCUGGCUGGUGGCCAUAUUCAUUGUAUACAAUCUUCUGGGAAAUAUGUUAGCCUGUUAUCGCACGGACUCUUCGGUGGCUUCUCUGCCCAGGGAUCGUCAAAUUCCUGAUCCGGAAGAGGAGCACCUGUGGCACCACUGUGACUAUUGCCAGAUGCUAGUUCCGCCCAGAUCCUGGCACUGCAGAUUGUGCAAUGGCUGCAUUUUGAGGCGGGACCAUCAUUGCAUUUUUACAGCCACUUGCAUUGGCCACAAUAAUUACAGGUACUUCUUCUGGUUUACAGUAUAUUUGACGAUCGGAACAUUUUUGUCCUUGGCAACGCAUUUGCUCCUGGUUAUAGUUAAUGAGGAAAUGCGAAGACGUUAUAUGUUAUUUUUCAUAAGCCAUUCUGUCUUUGUAGCCGGAUCAAUAAAAUUUGACCUUAUGUGUGUUUGGAUCAAUUUAAUAUUGGUGUUCAACGUAUAUGCCUUCGUUUUUCCCCUCGUGAUGAUGGCCUAUCAAGUACCGACAUUAUAUCUGAACACCACGUUCUAUACGCCAAGCGAUUUCCGAUACAAUAAGGGCUUUCGAGAGAACUUUAAGACUUUUAUGGGCAGUCGAGGAGUCUGGACUUUUAUAUCGCCCACCAUCAAGAGUCCCUUGAUUCACGAUGGAACGCAGUGGGAAACUAAGCAGCCAAGCGUUACCACUUGUUAAUGGUUAAUAUCACCAUACCCAAAAUUCACAAGGUCUAAAAUUAUUUCCAGUUAAAGCAGAACACCAGAAAUAUUGUGAAAGAACUGAUCAUUUGUAUGUGCUUAAAAUAAAAUAAAAAAGGAUAA